GCUUCAACAUUCUUGACCACGGUUCCACGACGCGCGAACUACUGUGACGUCUGCCCCUGUCUCUCUCCGAAAAAACAAUCGCUCCAGAUAAACACUCCCAAGAACGCGACUUCACGACGCCCUUGCGCGCUCCACCUCCCAAACCAAGAUCGACCAACGUACCUCUGCCUUCGACCUCCACAUCAACACACCCGAGCCGCAGCAAUGCUGGGCCUCGCCAACAUGCAACCGCGGCAACUCGCCGCACAAGUCCUAAACUUUGCGCUGGUCCUCUCUACCGCUUUCAUGAUGUGGAAAGGGCUCUCCGUAGUCUCCGACUCGCCCUCACCUAUCGUGGUCGUCUUGUCAGGAUCCAUGGAGCCUGCGUUCCAACGAGGAGAUCUACUAUUCUUGUGGAACCGGGGGGCAGACACGCAAGUGGGCGAGAUUGUGGUAUAUAACGUCAAGGGCAAAGAUAUACCCAUCGUGCAUCGCGUCGUGAGAAGAUACGGAGGAGGCAAAACACCCCUCCGCCUCCUGACCAAGGGCGACAAUAACCUUGCAGACGAUACCGAACUCUACGCCGCCGGCCAGUCCUUCCUGAACCGCAAAGAAGACGUCAUCGGAAGCGUUGUCGGCUUCAUACCUUUUGUCGGAUAUGUUACCAUUUUGCUGAGCGAGCAUCCAUGGCUGAAGCAGGUGAUGUUAGGUAUGAUGGGUGUGAUGGUCGUUCUGCAGAGAGAAUAGUAAUUGCGUGAUGGUAGAGGAUCUUCCUCUGUUUCGAGAUAUUUGUCUCUGACGGGCAUGUGGACAGGAUGCGUGGGACGAGUGCAGUUGACGUGCUUCGUACCCAACACCUAUUCCAUGCUCAUCUGCUGCCGUAAGAUGGCAAGGCGUGCAGACCAUACCCAACGAUGUUCUGGUGGUUCCAGACUCGAAAAAAUAGAUAUACCCACUAUUGCGCAGCUACAGCCCAUCGUAUGCUUUGAUUCAAAGUCUCCAAACUAUACAUCAGGUUCUUAACAUCCUUCCCUUUUGUUCCAACGAACAAAUCCAAUGAUUCCCAACAAAGCCACAUUGCUGUUCGCACCUUCCUUACCUCUGCCACAAUGACAUCGACCACCAUUUCCUCAGCAUCCUCAGACCGUCACUCCCACGCGACACCCAUGGCAAAAACAACC